CUUAUUCUUUAGCAAAGUUAUUCUCAAAGUAAUUCUUUUUAUGAAAUAUCAAAAGGGUUGUAACUCAUACUUUUUUUAGAGACAUUCAAGUGAUUGGAUAAGAAAAUAUUCCAAAAGUAAUUCCAUUAUUUUAUUUAUAGGAUGGUCCUAUUUUACUCUAUGGAAAUCAUAACAAUUAAUUUAUUGAUCCAUUAGUAUCAAUUUAAAUCAUCUUAGUUAAUUAUAUCCAAUAUGACACGUAAGAUCAAUUUUAUUGCAGCAGCAAAAGUAACAUCAUCUCUUAUACAUAGAGCAUGAGAAAACCAAUAAUUGGAGAUAUAGGUAGAGCUUUAGGUGGUAUUCCCGUUGAAAGACCUUAAGAUUUGGCAAAAGUUGGAAGUGGUAUUUUAAAGAAAUUUGAUGGAACAUAUUUGUUUGGAGAAAAUUCUUAGUUUACAAAAUAAUGCCAAAUACAUGAUUCCAUUCUUAUACAAGGAGUAAUAUAAUAUAUUAUGCUAGAUUGACACUAUUAUACUAGUAGUGGAAAUUAUUAGUGAUACAAAAAUUAAAGUGUAAUGUGAAGAUUCAAGUCAAGUUCACAUUAAAGAUAAUAAAUAUAAAAUUUAACCAAAAGUAGAUCAAUCCUAAAUGUUUGAAUAAGUUUGGUUAGCUUUGAAACAAGGAAAAUGUAUUGGAAUAUUUCCAGAAGGAGGAUCACAUGAUAAUACUACAUUACUACCAUUAAAACCAGGAAUAUGCAUCAUGGCUUUAGGAGCUAGUUAAAAAUAUUAAACAAAAGUUAAAUUAUAACCUGUUGGAUUAAAUUAUUUUAAAGGACAUAAAUUCAGAUCCAAAGUUAUUAUUGAAUUUGGAGUUCCUUAUGAAAUUAGUUAAUAAUUAAUUGAUACUUAUGCUGUUAAUAAGAGAUAAGCCAUUAGUAAAUUAUUAUUAGAAAUAGAAUAGGUAUUAAUAUUAAAUAUAAUAGCAACUUAAAUCAGUAACCAUUUAAGCUCCAAGUUAUUCUCAUUUAUCAGCUGUUAUGAUAGGAAGAUCUCUUUAUUUACCAGAUAGAACAAGACUUUCUCCAUAAGAUCUUCUUUAACUUACAAAAAGGUUUAAUUUUGUUUUAAAUUUGAUUUAGAUUUUCAUAAGCUUUUUAUAAAUUAAAAGAUCAUCCUGAAGUAACUUAAGCAUUAACUGAAAUCAAAUUAUAUAAUUAUAAACUUAAAGCAUUAGGUGUUAAAGAUUGGGAAGUUAUGAGAAUGUAAAAGAGAAUUUAUUUGGAUCUGCAGAUGAUUGGAUUUAAUAUAUUCAUGACUUUAAUUUGUUUACUAUUUGCAUUUCCUGGAUAUAUCAUGACAAUUCCAAUAACAAUUGUAUUAAAUAUUUAUGCAGAAAAAGAAAGGAAAACUGCCUUAGCUGGAUCUAAGGUUAAAAUAUCUGGAAAAGAUGUUGUUGCUUCUUAUAAAGUGUUGGCAUCAAUUAUCAUAGUUCCAAUUGCAGUUAUAAUUUAUACAAUUCUAUUUUAUAUAUGGCUUAUAGCUUACAAUAUAGUUGAUCAAGAAUCUACUAUAAAAUAUACUAUGAUUUUUUUAUUAAUGUGGCCACUUUACAUUACUGCAAUGAUUCGUUCUAAUGAUGGUUUAAUUAGACAUGCAAGAAAAGUGAAUAGUUAGAUUCUAUUCUAUUUAUAUGAGAAUAAGUAUAAAAAAUUAAAGAUUUUAAGAGAAGAAUUAUAAAAUAAGGUAUUAGACAAAAAUUUGAAAUUAUUUUUAGAUUAGAAAAUUAGUUGAUACUUUUGGAGAAGAAGUAGUUUAAGAUUUUAGUCAUCAUAGAAUAGUUCAAAAAAAUUAAUUAUAAUCACCAAAAUCAGUUGCUGAAUUAGAUAUUUAAAAUGUAUUUGAGUCACUUUUAGAGUUGGGAAUUUGA